GCGGCCGGGCUGCCCAGCCCAGCCAGCCACGCGACAGCAGUGUUGUGGGCCUACAGCUGAUCGGACGCUGCUGUUUUUUAGUCGGCUGCGCGGGGCGUCAGCUAGCGUGUUGUUUGGAAGCGAGCGUUGUCGCUGUUUGGGUUUUACUUGUUGUUAAACCAGGUUUUUCACAUACAUGAGUUAAGGAUCGGUUUGCGUCCAUCUCACAUCCAGAGACAUGGCGACGCCAGGCUCGGCCCUUGCGGCCCUCACCCAGUGCUCGCUGUGCUUCGAGCAGUUCGACAUGCAGGACCGCAGGCCCAAGCUCAUGGACUGCGCCCAUACGUAUUGCCUCGACUGCCUCACCAGGCACGUUAAGACGUCGGGCGGUGCCAAGACCUGCCCCAAGUGUCGCCAGCCGUUUACUGAGGCACCCUUCUUCCUCAAGGACAACUACCAAAUCUGCGAAUCGUUGGAUGAAUUGGCAUUGGUAGCGGCCAGCAGCACAAGUGUCGAAAAUCCACCGUCGACAGCGGAGAUCCCGGUUGUCUCACUGAGGUUCUUCUGCACGCGCUGCAACCGGGAUGCGAACGACUCGUGCCUGGAGAACGGGCACGACUUGUGCGAAAAGACGGGCUUGGUGCUGAAGCGAGCCACCGAGGCCAAGGAGCAGGCCAAGCGCCAGUUCCAGCGAGAGGACGGCGUCCUCAAGGACCUGGCCGAGAGCCUGGAGGCCUUCGCGGCGGCCAUCAACGGCAAGGGUGGCCUCGGGCCGCGGGCACAGCGCGAGAUGGGCGAGGUGAAGAAGCAGCGAGAGGUCCUGGACAAGACGUCCAAGCUCGUCAUGGAGGUGCCCCUGACGGCGUUCCAGGACAACGGGGACGUCCCGCGCGCACUCGACAGAUUCCUGCAGGCGAACAGCGAGCGCCUGUUCGCGCUGCAGGAGCAGAAGCGCAUGCUGGACAUGGCCAAGAAGUGCACGGUGACGGUGCGAGCGGACGACACGGGGCUGGCCACGGGCACGAGCAAGACCCUGGCGAUCGGGCCGGGAAGUACCGCCGAGGACCGAGUCCUCUCCUAUCUCAUCUACCUCCUGCUCCACGGCCAUGAGGGGCCGACUGAGGAGGACGCUGCUGGGACCGACACCGGGGCUGCCGGGAGUUCGUCUGCUGUCCCGUCCCUGGACACGCUCAUCGCUGACGUGAAGAAGUGCGUCAUCGACGGGGACGACGAGUCCGACAACGACAAUGAAGACGACAGUGACAGUGAUGGUGGCGACUCAGCCGAGCAGUGGGUCCGAAUCGGUAAAAGCAGUGGCCAUGAGUCGGAUACAUCCUCCGUGGUGUCAGAAGUUGGCAGGCUUGAGAACUGUCGAAGUGCAAGGAGGUUGCUUGUGGGGAAAAUACCAAUUACAGUCAAACCAGAAGAAAUCAAGGAACUAUUCUCAGAGUUUGGGGAUGUUUUGUAUGUUCGUUUCCUGACAAAAUCAAACAAAGCAAAGGCUGCAACUGCAAAUAUUCCCAAAUUUCAUCGUGCUUUAGUUUAUGUUCCUGAUGAUAGAACAGUUGAAAAUAUUUUAAGAAAUAGGCCAAUUGCCUAUGAUGGUUGUUAUCAUUUUGAUGAAAAACAAGGACAAUUUGGACGAUGGCUGCUAAACGUUAAAGAAGACAGAACAAAAAUGCAUGGUGUUGCAAAUGCUAAGCAGCAAAGAAAAACAAAAACCUCAGCCAAAAAGAGUGCUCCCCUAAACAGCUCUCAAGAUAAUGAGGCUGCUCGGAAAGUGUUUGCAAAUCAAGUACCAUUGGAUAGUACUGAAAGCGACCUUGCUAAUUUCUUCUCCAAUUAUGGUGCAGUUACUAGUGUUGUUAAAGUACGACAUGGUGUGGGGCAAAAAUGCAUGGCAUUUAUAACUUUUGAAGAUGAGAGAUCAGUCGCCCAAAUUUUUGAAGCACGGCCAAUCAUGUACAAUGGAUUUGACCUGCAAGUACGAGAGUAUCGUGACAAGACAACAUCUGCCCCACGAGCUCAGCAGUCAGCCUCAGCUAUGGUUCCUGCUCCAGGAACCUCUAAUUCUCAGUUCUCUUGGGCUGAAACAAUGACCGCUGCAGCUGCCGCCACUACUGUUGCAAUGUCUACAUACUGCAUUGCUACUAUUGAGCGGAAUAAACAAGGUGCACAGCAACAACAGCAGAGGCCAAAGCGGCAGCCUCAACAAAAUAAGCAAAAUCAACAGCACCGCCAGCAACAGCAUCAGCAGCCUCAGCAGCGUCAGCAGCGUCAGCAUCAGCAACGUAAGCAACAGUACCUACAAAAGCAACGUCACCAACAGGAGGAGCACCGUCAGCAAAGUCAGCAACAGGAGCAUCAUCAUUCACAACCUAGAGGAAGGCCCAAAGGAAAGCAAGAUGAUGAUGAGCAAUGCUGUAUUAUGUAACUGUAAUUUGAUAAAGAAGAAUUGGUUGUAGCUGUUAUUUUAAUUUUACUCUAUAGAAUAACAAUUUCUAUAUUUCUGGGAUGGUUUGGUGUUUGGCUUAUUCUUAAUAAAUGUGCAUAACUUUCUAUGUAAAAAUCAUAGUUUUAGUCUUAAGUUAAAAUUUAUAUAUAUAGCCUCCAUUUUAAUAGCUUCACUGAUUUAACACCAUUCUCUCAAAACUUUGCUUCAAGCACCUGUUGUUUACAAUUGUAGAAAUGAACCAAAUAUUUGCCUAGUUUACUUUUCUCUGUCCCUCUUUCUUUUCUUUUUUUUUUUUCAAAUGUAUUGCUGUUUUUUAUACAUUUUUUGACAGUAAUUAUAGUUAGUCUAACUUAAAAUCAAGUUUUCAAGUAUCAAGUAAUUCAAGUAGAAUCACAUGAACAAAACUGCUCAGCUGCUGAUAUACACUCUCUUAAAACUUGCCUUGGAUACAGAUCAUAUACAAUUUUUCUCUUGUAAAGAUGAAUCAAAGUUAUUGCCUGGUUUGGAAUGACCCUGACUUUCUACAGCCCCAAGUGUUGAGGGAAGAUCCAUACAGCAGCUAGUUAACAAACUGAUUACUAUAUGAAGUAUGUUAUAAUUGCAAAUAUGGACCUUUUGAGGGUUGUGAGUUGGCCUCAGAAAAAGAAUGCAAUAAAUGUCCACUAUGAUGUGGGUUUCUUUGACUUUCUUCUUUGUUCCUGUGGCAAUAAGCAGAUUUCUGUGGACCCUGAAUUUAUUGAAAUUUUCAAUUUAAAGGUCAAGAUUUGGUUCAGCUUUUGCCAGAAUAGAAAGAAAUAGAGGUGAGCAACCCAGUAAGAAAGGGCAAUUGAAUUGGCAUCAAAACAUCAUUAAAUCAAUGUCAAAAUGGUGAAAUUGAUGUCAAAACAAUAUAGUUCUGAUUUGAAUUAUUCACUGGGAAAGCAUAGUUUAUCAUGGACAAGUCAAUCUAUUGCAUUUGAAUUUAUUCUUUUUUUCUCUCUGUGGCUCCAGUAUUUUUAUGGCUCUAAGUUCAGAAAUGAUGUGUGUCGUGAUUGUUGUCAAUAAAAAUAAUUUCUCGCUUAAA